AUGUUUGCUGUCUACAGAGCUCUUGAAUGUUACCCUGGUGGACAUCAGAUCCUUCAGAGUCCUUACCGGAGUGUUGAUUUUGAUUCAUCACAACUACAGCAAUCAGCUAUUCAAGAUCUCAUAUGUGACCAUUCACUAACACCAGGAUGGUACCGCUUUCUAAUAUUUGAUAAACCAGCUGAGAUGCCAACCAAGUGUGUAGAGAUGAAUCACUGUGGAACUCAAGCUCCUAUCUGGUUAUCUCUAACGGAGUCAGAAUCCAUGCCUCUACCUGGUGAGAUCAAACAAUUAACAGCUUGUGCAACGUGGCAGUUUUUCUUCAGCACUACAAAAGACUGCUGCAUUUUCCGAAUCCCUGUCAGUGUGAGGAACUGUGGAGAAUUCUUUGUUUAUUUGCUACAGCCCACCCAAGGAUGCAUGGGGUAUUGUGCAGAAGUUAUUAGUGAAGCAAAACCACAAACAUGUAAUCCUGGGGAAGUGAAAACUCAAGGUGUCUGUUAUAGUAGACUGUCUCCUUCAUCAUCUCCGUCCCCAUCACCACCACCACCUACUUCACUUGAAGUUGUGGCAGAGUUAGUUGAAGCCAGUGUUUACUUAAGGUGUACUUUUGAUGUUCCUCUCACAAAUAGUUCAGUGGGAUUUAUUGUAACUUGGUCCAGGCUUGCUUCUGAAGACUUCAAAGAAGAACUGAGACGAGAAACAGUUCAGGCAUUUUCACUGUUAGAACUGGAUGGCAUAAGCCUCAGACUUGGAGACAGGAUCUUCUGUAGCAGUUCUUCUUUUUUCUUGGAAAAACCAGAUAUACAAAGCCUACCUGUUGAGAGCAGUGAAUUUUUUGCUGGCAUUAAGCUGCAUCCUGAGUCACUCAAUAUAUCAAAAGAUGGAAAAGAAUACAGACUGACAAUAGAAAGUAGAAUUCCUAUUCCUUGUCCCAAAUUUAGCCAACUUGAAAAUGACUGCAAAAUCUCAUUAAAAUUAAAUACUGUUGAUGAAGAAUAUGAACACUGCUGUUCUGUUGCUAUUGGGUUGUACGAUAAUUUUAAAAUGGGAACAGUUGUGCUCUAUAAGAGUACAUCUCGGAAUUUUGAAGUUCAUGUGCGCCAGUGGGACUGUGGCAGCCUUCACUUCCCAGCAUCAUGUAACUGUGGCUUUGUUGCCAAAAAGGAAGUGAUAUAAUUGCCUUUUGACAUGUGCAGCGGUCAACUACAUGAGUCACUGCCACAUUUAUCUGUAAAGAAUAGAGACAUAACGGGAAGCAAUAUCAGGAUCAUUGAAUCCUAUCUAGGAAGAAAAGUCACGAUCUCAUUUUCUUCUGGAGCUUUCAUUCGUGCCGAUGUGAGUGACUGGGGAAUGAGUGUGACACUCCGGGCACCCAGUUCCGAUUAUAAGAACACUUUAGGACUUUGCGGUACAUUUGAUGGAGAUGCAGAGAAUGACUACCACACUGUGAAUGGGAUCAAAAUCCCAAAGAAUUCUAAUGCUCAUCUUACUUUUAUUAAUGAGUGGAGAAUUUUACCAGGAGACAGUUUGUUUGACAAAAUACCAGGUUCUUUAAGUUCAACCAAGAAAACACCCUUCUGUAGUUGCACAGUUGAUGAUGCUGGAUUAUAUCAAUCGGUGAAUAAAUUGGAUUCCGUUUCUCAAACAGAAUUUGCUUCAUCUUGCAAAGAAAGUGAAAAUGUUAAGUUUCUUUCUUUGAUACCAGGACUGGAUGUCACUGCUGAAUAUUUUAGCUUUGUUGAUCUUAUCAGGCACUUAAGCAGACAUGCAUCUUCACAUGAAAAGGAUUCUUCUGCUCUUCUGUCAGGAGAAGACCAGUCUGUUAAUCAAACCAAACAUCACACACAAACCCUAGCACAUUCAGCUAUAAAUUCAAGGGAAAACACUGGAACAGAAAAACAAGGCUCAUUGAGCUUGGGAAGUAGAAGAAAUAAACAGAAGUAUGACAGCCAUCUCCACAAAAGACAGCUUGUCAGAAAUAGAUGGAAGCGCCAGCAUUAUUAUAAAUACCGUUCUGUAUUUCCAUUCCAAAGUCUUAGCCAAAUUGACCUGGAAGGGUUUACCUAUUUUUUUCCAGAGGACCAUACCCCUGACACACACCAAGAAUUUUUUCCUUCUUGGCCCACACCUUCUGGCCUCACUGAGUCCAAUGCCUUGGCACUGUGCAAGCAGACAAUAGCUAACUCCAGCAUAGGAAGAUCUUGCACUUCUCUUCUUGGCAGGCGGAUAGAGGAUACAGUAGAUAUGUGUGUUAAAGAUCUAUUGCUGAAAGAUGAUCUCAGCUGGUCAGAAGCAGGCAUGGCCCUGUUAGAGAAUGAAUGUGAAAAGAGGGUUUUGGAAGAAAUAAAUUACAACACACAAGGAUUUCAGGGGUCAAUUGAAGACCUUCUCUUAGCAUUAAAAUGCCCCAAUCUCUGCAGUGGUAAUGGAGAGUGUGUAGAAUGGGGCUGUGCCUGUUUUCAAGGCUUUAGCUCAUAUGACUGCAGUGUGUUGUCUGAUCAGGUUCCAGAAAUUACAGAGCUGGAGAAUGAUAGAUUGUGUGAUGUUCGACAGUAUGACUGUACAUCUGUGAGAGCUUUUGGCCAAGGAUUCAGGGAGUCACCCAGUCUGAAAUGUGAAAUUGUCAAACUACAGUACAGUGACAGUAAAUGGAUCCUUGAAGAACCUGUGUUUAUGCCAUCUGCCUUCCAAAACACCAGAACUGUUGAUUGCCAACUGCCGACUGAUGGUCAGCAAUCUGAUGUCAUGGAUCAGGUUGACGACAAACCUAUUGCGAGGAGGGAAAUCAAGAUUUCUAACGAUGGAUUCAUUUAUAGCAAUCCUAAAACAAUAACAUUAUUUGAUGGAGCUUGUCAAAAAUGUGAACCACAAGCAAAUGGGUUAUGUACAUUAAAGGAGAAAACAUGCAACAUAGAUGGCCUCUGUUAUGCGGAAGGAGAUACAAAUCCUACCAGCCCAUGCUUACUCUGCAGACCUGACAUCUCAAAGUUAACUUGGUCAGUUACUGAAAACAAUGAGCCUCCUGUGCUUCAAACUUUGCAAGGCACACUACAGACAUUUUAUGGGGAAAAUUGUGUGUAUCAGUUUAUCGCAUCAGAUCUCGAAGGCUCUGCCAUCCUUUUUAUGUUGGACUCUGGUCCUGAAGGUGCUAGCCUUUCCCCUUCUGGACUCCUUAUAUGGAAAGCUGUGGCAAAGAAUUCACAGAAAUUGACAUUUUCUUUGACAGAUGAUUGCAAUGCUGAGACUAAAGUAAUAAUAGAGGUCAAUGUGAAAUUAUGUGAUUGUUUAAAUGGCGGGUCAUGUGUGACAAAUAUACAUUUCCCAUCUGGAAGUGGAAAAUACCUGUGUGUCUGUCUACCUGGUUUUGAAGGUGACCUCUGUCAAGUGAAUUUUGAUGAUUGUAAAUCUAAUCCCUGUGGUAUUGGCAGAUGUGUUGAUGGGAUAAACAGCUACUACUGUGAAUGCACACCUGGGCUGCAGGGUACAGAUUGCCAAGAUAUUGAUGAAUGUGCAUCCAAGCCUUGCUUCCCUGAAGUAUUUUGCUUCAAUACUUUUGGUUCCUAUUAUUGUGGUCCAUGCCCAAAAGGUCUAUGUGGAGAUGGGAAGAUAUGUCAUGCUGAAACAAAAUUGACAAGUGAUGUUCCCUCACAUCUUUUGGUUCCGGAAAGCUUUGAAGAUGUUUAUGAUGAAAGAGAGGAUGACACUGAAGAAAUGGGAAGGAAUGAGGGGGAAGAUUACAUUUUUCGUGAAGAAAAUGGAAUUGCUGAUGCACAUAGUGAUGAGAAUGUAUCUGGUUAUCAACAGUCCAUUGAGAGAGUUCCUAAUGCCACAAGCUUUACUCCCAGUCCUACAGAUGUUGUCGAAAGUUUUAUUUUUGUGCAAAGAGCCAGCAGCACCCCCUCAACCUCCACAGUGAAAACAAACACACUGUGGAAGUGAAUUAGUUCUCAAAUAACCACUUUUGACCAGUCUGUGCGUACCAGAUACAUUGGCCAUACCUUCACUGCCAUCAAUAACCAGCUAGAUAACACAGGAGAAAGCUCUGCCAUGAACACUAUGACAAUGCCAUCUUUUAGGAACAGUCCAGUAUUACAUGAUAAGACAACAAUGACACAAUCUGAGGCCUACAAUCCUUUAGAGAUUAGCAAGGAGACAUUCCUUAGCAGCAAAACAAACAUACCCUCCAUAAUGAGCAGAGUAUUAAAAGGAGGAAAUAGUCACAAAGUUCAGCACCCAUCAGUCAAGCAUAACGAUAGUCUUUUACGGUCUGGUUUUGUUGGAAUCACUGACCAACCAAAAGUGCCCGGCACAGAUCAGGAAUCAGAUGCAACAGCAGUGCCUAAGGCAUUAACUUGUGCUGAUUUACCUUGUUUUCCUGGAGUUCUCUGUAAACCAAGCCAUGAUGGAAGUUUCAUAUGUGGUCGUUGUCCUUAUGGUUAUUAUGGAAAUGGUGUCACUUGCAGAGCAAUAUAUAGGCAUGCAUGUGGUAAAAACAUGGAGUGCAUGGCACCCAAUAUUUGCAAAUGCAAAAGUGGCUACUCUGGUUAUAACUGUAAGAGUGGUGUAUGUCAGCCUGACUGUAAAAACCAUGGCAAAUGCACGAAGCCUAAUGUCUGUGAAUGUCCCCCAGGAUACAGUGGAUCAACCUGUGAGGAAGCACAUUGUAACCCACCGUGUCAACAUGGAGGCACAUGCUUGGCCAGAAAUCUCUGCAUCUGCCCUUAUGGUUUUGUGGGUCUCAGGUGUGAAACAAUGGUUUGCAACAGACACUGUGAAAAUGGUGGUGAAUGUCUCACUCCAGAUGUCUGCCAGUGUAAAGGUGGCUGGUAUGGCCCUACAUGCAAUACAGCCGUGUGUGACCCGAUAUGCCUCAAUGGUGGCUCCUGUACCAAGCCAAAGGUUUGCCUCUGUCCAAAUGGAUUCUUUGGUGCCUAGUGUCAGAAUGCUGUCUGUUUGCUACCUCCCUGUAAGAAUGGUGGCCACUGCAUGAGAAAUAAUGUGUGCACCUGUCCUGAUGGGUACACUGGCAAAAGAUGUGAAAAAAGUGUCUGUGAUCCAAUGUGCAUGAAUGGAGGCAGAUGUGUAGGGCCAAACAUUUGCUCUUGCUCCUCAGGGUGGAGAGGAAAACAAUGUAAUACACCUAUUUGUCUUCAGAAAUGUAAGAGUGGCGGAGAAUGUAUCGGACCAAGCAUGUGUCAUUGCCUUCCACAGUGGGAAGGGGUUCGGUGUCAAACACGUGUGUGCAGCCUAAUGUGUGCUCUUGUCGUCCUAGUUAUACUAGAGUCACCUGUGCAAAGAAACUACAGGUACAGAGACAUCAUGGUUGAAGAAAAUCAAGUACAUGGAUUACAAAACCAUGCUCUAUGGACUAAGAGGCACAUGAAACUAGAAAGAGGCUUUGAAGGCAAUGAUGAAUUAAGUUUAUUUAAACAACGGGAGUGAUAUCCUGAAGCGUGCCUUUAAAGUAUUCAUUAUGAUUUUAAAACCAAGGACAUUAAUUUUUAAACAGCGGUAGAACAAUAACAUACUAAGAGCAGAAAUGUAAUAAGCUGUUGUAAAUCCUCAUUUUAUUGCUACCUCACACUCAGAAACCACAGCCUCUGACUCUCUAUUGGACUGUUAGGUAUUGUCGAUGAUACAAACACCAGAUCCCUGAUCAGCUAAUGUCUGGACAAGUAGUCAUUGGAACAAUGAUCUGUAAUGAAUGUCCUUUCUUGGGAUCUAAUCUAAGCAUUUCCUAGCAGCAGGAACAGAGCACCUGACAGGAUGAGGUCCUGAAAUACAGCAUUUUGUUUUCACAUAUUGAUUUUAAAGAGCAAGUUCUGUUGGUUUAAGAAUCCCCUGCCUGCAAUGAACAGGUGAAAAAGGG